AUGGAGGAGUGGGAUCAUCAUCUUGUGGUGUUUGUAGGGAAGGGUGUACAGGAUUACUGUACUGUCAGCAGUGUGUGUGGAAAACAGGAAAUGUGUGCUGUGGGGCUUGGCAAGAAAUGGAAGCAGCUGUCGCGACUACAGCGAAGCGUAAUUCUCUUCCUGUUUGCCUUCUUGGCAGUUUGUGGAGUCAUUUCAUACACAAGCAUUGGGGAACCGUGGAAAAGUCUAACAAACAAAUCAUUGGAUGAUCUGAGAACAGAACCAGAAAUUCCUGGAUUAAAGCUGGCAAAUCCAGCCGUUCUGCCAGCACCCCAGAAAGCAGACAUCAACCUUGGAGACUACCCAGAGCUUUCACCGCAGAAGCCGCCAAAACCGCCUCAUGUUCGGCGUGGUCCUUCUAAUCUUCAGAUCAAGCCACCACGGAGGGAUGUGAGGCUGAAGACCCGACAUGAUACCAUCAGGGUUGUAGAAGAGCCGCUCCAGGCUGAUAAAGAAGAGAAAACGGAGAAAUCCAUUAUCAGCUGGAGAGGAGCAGUGAUAGAACCUGACCAAAGCACUGAGCCUCCGUCUAGUAAAAUAAAGGAACCAGAAAAACCUUCAUCUGUGGAAGCUGAAGACCAGAAGGAACCAGUGCCCAUAAACGAACGUCAGAUGGCUGUGAUAGAAGCAUUCCGCCAUGCCUGGAAAGGAUACAAGGAUUUUGCCUGGGGCCAUGAUGAGCUGAAGCCUUUGUCCAAGUCCUAUAGCGAGUGGUUUGGACUUGGGCUUACCUUAAUUGAUGCCUUGGAUACCAUGUGGAUUUUAGGCUUAAAAGAAGAGUUUGAAGAAGCAAGAAAAUGGGUAGCAAACGAUUUAGUAUUUGAUAAAAAUGUGGACGUGAACCUCUUUGAGAGCACUAUUCGUAUCCUGGGGGGCUUGCUGAGCACCUACCAUCUCUCUGGAGAUAGCCUCUUCCUGGAAAAAGCUAAAGACAUUGGGAACAGGCUUAUGCCAGCAUUCAAGACCCCCUCCAAGAUACCAUAUUCUGAUGUCAACAUUGGCCGGGGCACUGCGCAUCCGCCUCGUUGGACAUCUGACAGCACUGUGGCAGAGGUGACCAGUAUUCAGCUGGAGUUUAGGGAGCUCUCUCGUCUCACUGGAGAUGAGAAAUUCCAGAAAGCUGUAGAUGAGGUGAUGAAGCAUGUUCACACCCUCUCAGGGAAAAAUGAUGGACUAGUGCCUAUGUUCAUAAACACCAAUAGUGGGCAGUUCACUCACUUGGGUGUCUAUACUCUGGGAGCCAGAGCUGACAGCUACUAUGAGUAUUUACUCAAGCAAUGGAUUCAGGGUGGGAAAAAAGAAAAUGAACUCUUGGAAGACUAUAUGAGAGCCAUAGAAGGAGUAAAAAAGCAUCUUCUUCAGCAAUCACAACCCAAGAAGCUUACUUUUGUAGGAGAGCUUGCUCAUGGCCAUUUCAGUGCCAAGAUGGAUCACUUGGUUUGCUUUUUGCCUGGUACUUUGGCACUGGGAGCUCACAAUGGAUUGACUGCUGAUCAUAUGAAAUUGGCUGAAGCUCUUAUAGAAACCUGUUACCAGAUGUAUGCUCAAGUAGAAACAGGCCUGAGUCCGGAGAUCGUACACUUCAAUCUUCAUGCACAAAAGGGCUACAAAGAUGUGGAAAUCAAGCCUGCAGACAGGCACAACUUACUGCGACCAGAAACUGUGGAAAGCCUUUUUUAUAUGUACAGAUUCACUGGUGAUAAGAAAUACCAGGACUGGGGCUGGGAAAUCUUGCAGAACUUCAAUAAGUACACACGGGUUCCUACGGGUGGAUAUACUUCCAUUAACAAUGUCCAGAAUCCCAGUAAUCCAGAACCACGAGAUAAGAUGGAGAGCUUCUUCCUUGGGGAAACACUCAAAUACAUGUUUCUGCUGUUUUCAGAUGACAUAGACUUAAUCAACCUUGACAAAUACGUAUUUAACACAGAAGCUCAUCCGCUCCCUAUCUGGGUGCCAGCAUAGACUGGGUGUCAGUAGGCCUUCCAAUGGUGGCAUUUUUAUCUUCAAGUCACUUUAACUUUUCAGGGUUUGAGGAGAGAUGCUAUAUUGCACCUUUUUUGGCUUAAAACAAACAAACAAAACCUUUGGGAAAGCAUCUCUGGUUUGGAGAAGUCAUGUUAGUCUUAAAUCUAAUCCCUGGUUUUGGGAUGGACAAGCUGUGCCAUACUAAGCUGUUUUUCCUGGUAUUGAUGAUGAGGUUCAGAGAAUAAUUGUAGUGUGGACCA